CUUCUCUCACACUCACUCCAAUCCCCGCCUAUAAAAGUACGGACACACUUUCCUCUACACUUAUUCAUAUUCUAUUUUCUUUCUCCCCCACCGCCGCCACCGCUACUACAUCCUUCAAUGGCUGCCUCAACUUCUCAAACCCUCCGCCUCAAACCUCUCAGAAAUGCCUCCCUUUCUCUCUCAUCCAAGCUGCCUCUCUCCUCCGCCUUCUCUGUCUCGCUCCACCCCCGCCGCCUGGCGUCUCGUCGGCUGGUCUUGAUUGUCUCUGCCGGUCUUGACGCCAAGCCCACGAUCCUCGUCGCCGAGAAGCUUGGUGAGGCCGGGCUUGAUCUACUGAAGGACUUUGCCAACGUCGAUUGCUCGUAUAACCUUAGCCCCGAGGAGCUCUGCACCAAGAUCUCGCUCUGCGACGCACUGAUCGUGCGGAGUGGGACAAAGGUCAGCCGCGAGGUGUUUGAGUCAUCCGGUGGGCGGUUGAAGGUGGUUGGUAGGGCUGGUGUCGGGAUUGAUAAUGUGGAUCUGGCGGCGGCUACCGAGCACGGUUGCCUGGUGGUGAACGCGCCCACUGCCAACACUAUUGCUGCUGCUGAGCACGGCAUCGCUCUCUUGGCAGCUAUGGCUAGGAACGUUGCGCAAGCUGAUGCGUCCGUGAAAGCUGGGAAGUGGCAAAGGAACAAAUACGUUGGUGUAUCUCUUGUUGGGAAAACACUUGCGGUGAUGGGUUUUGGCAAAGUUGGCACUGAGGUUGCCCGGCGAGCCAAGGGGCUUGGUAUGCAUGUUAUUGCACACGAUCCAUAUGCUCCAGCAGAUCGUGCCCGUGCAAUAGGUGUGGAACUUGUGAGCUUUGAUGAAGCUAUAUCUAAAGCAGAUUUCAUCUCAUUGCACAUGCCUCUCACUCCUGCCACAUCGAAAAUUCUCAAUGAUGAAACAUUUGCAAAAAUGAAGAAGGGAGUCCGCAUUGUGAAUGUUGCUCGAGGCGGAGUCAUUGAUGAAGAUGCCCUUGUAAAAGCACUCGAUGCUGGAAUUGUUGCACAGGCGGCACUCGAUGUUUUUACAGUGGAGCCACCAGUUAAAGAGAGCAAGUUGAUACUGCAUGAGAAAGUAACAGCAACUCCUCAUCUAGGUGCCAGCACUAUGGAAGCACAGGAAGGAGUGGCUAUUGAAAUAGCUGAAGCUGUUGUUGGAGCUUUGAAAGGAGAGCUUGCUGCCACUGCAGUCAAUGCACCAAUGGUUCCUGCUGAGGUUCUGACUGAAUUGAAGCCUUAUGUUGAACUUGCUGAAAAGCUUGGGAGACUGGCUGUCCAGUUAGUAGCAGGAGGAAGUGGUGUGAAGAGUGUAAAAGUGACCUACGCCUCUGCUAGAGCACCUGAUGACCUGGACACUAGGUUGCUUCGUGCCAUGAUCACCAAGGGUCUCAUUGAGCCCAUAUCCAGUGUUUUUGUGAAUUUGGUCAAUGCUGAUUUCACUGCCAAGCAGAGAGGGAUCAGAAUAACUGAAGAACGAAUCAUUUUAGAUGGCUCACCUGAAAGUCCAUUGGAUUUCAUUCAGGUCCAGAUUGCCAAUGUGGAAUCCAAGUUUGCCAGUGCCAUAUCAGAGAGUGGAGAAAUAAAGGUGGAGGGGCGUGUUAAAGAUGGGAUUCCUCAUCUAACCAGGGUUGGAUCAUUUGAGGUUGAUGUGAGCAUGGAAGGUAGUUUAAUACUCUGCAGACAGGUUGAUCAACCUGGUAUGAUUGGAACAGUUGGAAGCAUUUUGGGAGAGGAAAAUGUUAAUGUUAGUUUCAUGAGUGUCGGAAGAAUUGCUCCAAGAAAGCAGGCAGUGAUGGCAAUUGGUGUGGAUGAUCAACCCAGCAAGGAAUCAUUGAAGAAGAUUGGUGAUGUUCCAGCCAUCGAAGAGUUCGUCUUCCUCAAGUUGUAAUGUGGUGGUCCUACCUUAUUUCAACAAUUUUCUCCAGGGGCUUUUGUAUUUCACUUUUCUGGUGGUCUUUAGCCCGAUUUUGAUUAUUUUUCAAAAAAAAAAAUUCUCCUUUUUCUUCUGGGGUUAGGUGUUAGUUGAGGGAAUGAGUAAUAAUUCAACUUUUGCGAUGAAGAGAUUAUGUUUUUUAAAAACGUUAUGGUCUUUAAUUCAAGUAGAAUCUAUUUACUUUUUGCAAUGCCUAA